UCGUUUUCUCACUGCACAGUAUCCUGUGGUGACGUGUCACCACCAUGCUGAGCAUUGUCAGAUACCGUGCUUAUGUGGAAGUGCCCCGUGCUUGCUCUGCCGAUGCUGCCCCAGUGGAAACAACUCCACCAUAACUCGGCUGGUUUAUGCAUUCUUCUUACUUCUUGGCGUGAGUGUUGCCUGUGUAAUGUUAAUACCAGGCAUGGAAGAGCAGCUGAAGAAGAUCCCUGGAUUUUGUGAUGGAGGGAUGGGAACAACUAUUCCUGGUGUGCACGGCCAUGUGAAUUGCGAUGUACUAGUUGGUUACAAAGCCGUGUACCGUGUGUGCUUUGGUAUGGCCAUGUUCUUCCUUCUCUUCUCCUUAUUGAUGAUCAAAGUGAAGAGCAGCAAUGACCCAAGAGCAGCGGUGCACAAUGGAUUCUGGUUCUUUAAAUUUGCAACAGCACUUGCAAUUAGUGUUGGAGCUUUCUUCAUACCAGAGGGACCGUUUACAACUGUGUGGUUUUAUGUAGGUAUGGCUGGAGCAUUCUGCUUUAUUCUUAUUCAGCUGGUCUUGCUUAUUGACUUUGCCCACUCCUGGAAUGAAUCUUGGGUUGAAAAAAUGGAGGAAGGAAACUCAAGAUGCUGGUAUGCAGCUCUGCUGUCAGCUACAGCUGUCAAUUACCUGCUGUCUCUAGUAGCUAUUGUCUUGUUUUAUGUUUAUUAUACUCAUCCAGAAGGUUGUUCUGAAAACAAGACAUUCAUCAGUGUUAAUAUGCUGCUCUGUAUUGGUGCUUCUGUAAUGUCAAUUCUGCCGAAGAUUCAGGAAUCUCAGCCAAGAUCUGGUUUGCUGCAGUCUUCUGUGAUCACAAUUUAUACGAUGUAUUUGACUUGGUCAGCUAUGACCAAUGAACCAGAUAGGCGCUGUAACCCAAGUUUGCUGAGCAUCAUUGGUUACAACAGCACCACCGUUCCGACCCAAGGUCAGGUAGUUCAGUGGUGGGAUGCACAAGGAAUCGUAGGACUGGUUUUGUUUUUGCUGUGCGUUCUUUAUUCAAGCAUCCGAACAUCCAACAACAGCCAAGUUAACAAGCUGAUGCUGACCAGUGAUGAAUCAACGCUGAUAGAGGAUGGAAUGCCCAGGAGCGACGGCUCCCUUGACGAUGGAGAUGAUGUUCACCGAGCCAUAGACAACGAGAGGGAUGGAGUUACUUACAGUUACUCCUUCUUUCAUUUCAUGCUUUUCCUGGCAUCACUGUAUAUCAUGAUGACGCUUACCAACUGGUACAGUCCGGAUUCUUCUUACGAGAUGAUGACCAGCAAAUGGCCGUCUGUCUGGGUGAAGAUAUCUUCCAGCUGGAUUGGCAUCGUGCUGUACGUGUGGACUCUGGUUGCUCCGCUGGUUCUUACAAACCGUGACUUCGACUAAGCUGUGCUGCUCUCUAGGGCGAUUGUGCUAGUUUCACCGUGUCUUCGAAGCAAACAGUAUUCCAGAUAAUAGUGCAGUUGUGAAUGCGUGUGCACGUGUGUGCGCGUGCUCUCCGUGUAGUAUACCCUGCUUUAUUCUGCAUGAUUACCUUCAAUCAUGUCUUUUGUCAUUUCACUAAAUGACUUUUUCUAGCUGAGCUCAGUGGCAAUUGCUAUAAUGACAGUUUUCAUAGGAUUACUCCUAGAUUGAGUGCUUCGGGAGCAUUAGAUGCAAGAUCAAGACCUUUUGGAGGUAGUUUUUUUUCCCCUCUCAGUUGCAUUAAAUAGUUGUAGGAAAAAAGGUGCAAGCGUUAAUUAGGGUAACAAACCAGUAUUAGGUCAGGCUUUGCGAGCAAAGAAGGGGGCUGCCUUUGAUGAUCCCUGUUGCCUUGAUUCCAAAGUCGGUCUUGAGUGAGCAUUUGUUAGACUCAAAAUUGUGCAUGUUGGAGCUUACUGGACGUCUUGCAGCAUUUUGGCGCUAGCAGCCUGACCUCUUCCCGUUCUGAGGGCAGCAAUACCUUUAGCACAGAUGUUAAAUGGGGAGAACUUGCACCUGAAGCUGCAGGGGAGCUGGUGUCCUCCCUCCUCGGUGCCGUUGGGUCCGAUGUGUCCCGUUGCAGACAGGGGGACGGACACCCUGGGGAAAAACAUCCUGGUAUCGGACGCUCAGAAGCAUGUUUUUAAGGCACCUGUUUACAAUGCGCAUCUAUGUAUUAUUAUUUUUUUUAAAGUAGUUUAAAUGGGAUAGCUGUGCUGUAAUUUAUUGCUGUUUUGUGUGCCACUUUCUUUCUUGGCUAAGCUACAAUCACAGAGUUUGCAAGGAGCCGAGCGGUGAAAACUGUGUAAGCCCUUUAGAGGCAUUUUUUGAGUAUUGUGGUUAAAAAAGAAGCGGAGGAAAAGGAGCACUGAAAUUACAGUAACUGGAGGAGGCUUGCAUCAACUGAGGCUUCGACAAAAGUGCUUCUUAAAUCUAUUUGGGGCUCUAAAUUUUGAAAUCUUUUAAUGUUUUAGGUACUUUGCUCGUUGUCCAUUGCCAGAGAUGGACUCGAGCCUGCAAAGUCUAAAUCUAGGCAUGAGGUAAGACAUUAAUCUGUUUGAUUAAAAUACUGUAUAGUUCCUGUGCAGUUACGAAAUCUUAAAUGCUUUUGUGCUCGCUGCUUUGUAAUUGAAGUAUGUAAGCUGUGUUAUUUCUCUCCCUCUGUUCCUUGCUACAACUUGAGACUAGAGCAGCCUGACUGGGAGUGCCCCUAGAGCCUUCGGCAGAUGUCAUGCUGAUUGAUCUGUUACCGUGGUGUUUAUGCCAUUACUUCCUGUUGCUAAUUAUUCUCCAAGCUUUUAUUUUAAUUCUGCACCUAAACACUGACAUUUACGGCAGAAGUCUGACAUGUCAGUCAAACUUGAGAUGGUAAUGGAAGGAUUAGUACAGGCUUGUAAUAAUUUGGAAUAUGUUGUUACCUUAUUAAUAAAUAAAUUUGGAUGAAGACGUCCAGUGACUUUUGAUGUCUCAUACUACCGC